CCGCAAGGUAAGAAAUGUAGUUGUCUUACGUUCCUCUUAUCCUUCUAUUCGGUAUCAAUUAGUUUCGACCAGUUUGAAGAUGCUUAGAUUUGCGCUCUCCGCCGUAGGGCUUUUGGCUGUUCAAGCCGCGGCGCAAUGUACCCGUGAAGACCUCAUCGCUGCCACGGACAGUCUCUUGGCAGCACAGACUGCGGGGACGCCCGAUGCCGUAGCUCCUCUAGCUGACACAGUCGCCUACCUGGAAUCGUUCAAGACAGCUGAUAUCGCAACCGGCAUCCUCUCGCACCCCCUGAAGAUUGACUUCAACCGCAGUCUUCACGACACCACUCAAUGCGCGACGUACACCGAGAUCAUUGUCACCGACAGGACCCACCCGUACGUAUUGGGAACGCAGAUGCGCUUCGCCGAGGGCAAAAUCGCAAACAUCAGCACUCUUGUCACCGACCAGGGAGACUGGCUCUUCAACGCUACCGGCACUUUCUACUGGGCUUCUCGAGAAAACUGGGAUCCGAUCCCGGAGGACCAGCGGGACACCCGAGAAGUGAUCCAAGCCGCAGCCGAUGCAUACGCUGAUCUCUUCAACGACAAAUCCGUGCAGGUGCCCUGGGGACACCCAUGCGCUCGUCUCGAGGGUGGUGCUUACACCGGAACGGGCUCCGAAAACGAUAGCUGCAAUGUCGGCGUUCCUAGCGGCGUUCGACUAGUUAACCGUCGCUAUGUCAUUGACGAGACUCUUGGUGCCGUCGACGUAUUCAUUGACUUUGCCACUGUCCCCGAUAGCCACGAGUUCCGAGUAGAGAAGGGGCAGCUUCGAUUUGUUCACACUUUGACUGUGAUGGGAGGAUAAAGUUAAAUACCUAUCCUAAAUGAAAUCCUUUUCCAUAUCUUGGUUAGCUAAAAUGAUGAGGUUGACGGAGGGUAUAUAUGUAUAGGCCCUAACUACCUCGUACGAGGUACCUACCUUCCUUGGAAUAUAAAAUAUCGCACG